AUGUCGCUUGUCAUGAAACAAAGAGCAUGGCGUUGUACCAGCGUCGCGUCGCGAUCGCUAGCUCUUUGUGUGAGCCACAACAAUAUUACUGGCGUCUUGAUAAAUAGGAACAACUGUUGGUCCAACAAUGCGGCUCGUAAGGCGAUACGCGCGCUAUCGACCGCUCGAUUAAUGACCGUCUCGCCUAAAAGAAUGGACCAUAAUAUUUAUUAUCAGAUAAGCGCCCGCUACUGGGUAAUUCGUGUGUCCCCGACUAUUAUACAACUCUCCGUGAAUCGCCUAUGCAUUAGUCACGUUGCGUCUUACGAUAUCAUUUUAUGGAUUUAUGCCUUUAUAUUAUAG